CAAAAUGUUUUAUUCAAUCAAUUCAUUUUUUCUACAAUCUAGUCCCGUUAAUAUAUUCAUUCAGUGAUUGCUCUAGUACAAUGUCGAGAAGCAAAAUGAUAGAUUGCAUUAAAUCAACCACUACAAGCAAAUGUAGAGGCGUGUCACAAUAUGCAAUGUUCUUGUGAGGUGAUUGCCUUCACAAGUUCACAACUUAGAACGAACUGGAUUUGGUAUAUCCUCUCAUAAGUGCUCCCUUUGUGCGGGCGGACAUCCACGAUUGGCCAAUCGGAGUCGCUCCACCAUACCAAUGCAGUUUAGAAAGAUCGAACUAGUAAUAAUAAUGUAAUGUAUAGGGUGACACUUGCUAAUUUACAUUAGAUGCAGGCUGACGGAGCACCCAAGUGCUAUGGUUUAGUUGGGUUGUGCCUUGGUGUUCUUCUUAUGACCUUUGCCUUGUACAAACAAACACAUAAAAUAGUCUCCGAGCUUUUAAUAUACUUGUAUCAGACUUCUUGAACUGGCCUUGGAGAAUUCAUUUUUGGAGUCUGAAUUCCAUCACUCUCUGUUCAGUCAAAGUUUGACCAAAAGCCCCACUUCAAAGAAGCAAAAAUCUUGAAACUUGUUACCCGAGGAGUGGGCAUAUAGUAAAAAUUUAAAAGUUGGGUGGAUCCAAACCGACUUCAAUCAACUUUUUCUUCAUCCUCAUUCAAUGUUCACACUUCCUUGAUCUAUAUAAUUGCUUGUUAGCUUGCUGGAAAGGGACAGCCUUGGCAUCUUGCUGUAAGUAGCAGCUAACACAAAUUAUAAACACUCGAAAUCCUUAGGAAUCAUAGUACGUAAAGAUGGAAGAAAUGGUAGGAGAGAUCGUGGUUGUGCCAUUUUUCGGCCAAGGCCAUCUCUUCCCCAGCAUGGAGCUCUGCAGGAAAUUCUCAUCUUUCAAUUACAAAGCUACUCUGAUCAUCCCCUCUCAUCUCUCCUCUUCUGUCCCCUCCGAUCUCCGCGGCCAUCCUUUCAUACAAGUUGUUGAAAUCCAUGCCAGCUCCGAUCCAGCUCCGCCACCACCGCCGCCGGAGACGGGUCACCCACGAAACCAGUUUCGUCAGCACCAUCAGCAGAUGGGGGAUGGGAUCGAGAAGAUCUUGUCAGAGAGGUAUGGCGGGUCUCCGGGAAAGACCAGACCCGAUUGUGUAGUGGUUGAUACGAUGAUGAGUUGGAGCAGUGAGAUCUUUGCGAAAUUCGGUAUACCCACCGUCUCUUUCUUCACUUCCGGCGCGUGCUCCGCCGCCAUGGAGUUCGCUGCGUGGAAGAACAAGGCCGACGAUAUGAAACCGGGAGAGAUCCGGAUCCUCCCCGGGUUACCCGAAAGCAUGGCCCUGAGUCACUCAGAGAUGAAGAAGCGUCACCGAUUCGGCCCUCGUGGACCGCGGCCUCAUUCUCCUCCACACCACGGCGGAGGGAUGAGACACGGUCCUCCCGGACCUGGACGCAAACCGAUUUGGUUGGAGGAGACGGAAUCAUCAAUCGCGUUCCUUAUCAACACCUGCGACGUUCUGGACCGUCCGUUCAUCGAUUACUUAUCAGACCAGAUUCAGAAACCGAUCUGGGGAGUGGGGCCGUCGCUGCCGGCACAGUUCUGGGAAUCGCGCGGCUCAAUCCUCCGCGACCACGAGGUCCGGUCGUCGCACCAUGAAUCCAAUUUCACGGAGGAUGAGGUGGUGCAGUGGCUGAACACGAAACCCCGCCGGUCGGUAAUCUACGUCUCGUUCGGAAGCGAAGUGGCCCCCACCAUGGAAGAAUCAGCGGAGCUAGCGGGUGCACUGGAAGAAUCAACCCGGCCAUUCAUAUGGGUCAUCCAACCAGGCUCCGGCAUACCCGGACCUCCGGUCGGGCUAUUUGGUGAGAAGAAGAAGACAACCGAUUCAAACGACGAAGGAUACUUCCCGCAUGGUUUACAAGAGAGGAUUGGGAACAGGGGAUUGAUCAUCAAAGGAUGGGCGCCGCAAUUGUUGAUAUUGAGCCAUUCCUCAACCGGAGGAUUCUUGUCGCACUGCGGAUGGAACUCGGCGGUGGAGUCGAUGGGGAGAGGGAUCCCAAUUCUGGGAUGGCCGAUUAGGGGCGACCAAUUCUCCAAUGCCAAAUUGAUCGCAGAUCAUUUGAAAGUCGGGCAUAUACUAUCAUCCGGUGAAACGGAAACUGUGAAGAGAGAUGAAAUUUCGAGCGGAAUUGAGAAACUGAUGAAGGAUGAAGAGGUUGAGAAAGGAGCGUUGGCGUUGAAAUCGAUAUUUGAGGCUGGUUUUCCGGAGAGCUCGACCGCAUCUUUCAGCUCAUUCAUUAAGCUGUUAUUGUCCAGCAAAUAGAUUGUCACUUAAGGCCACUCACACAGUCGCACGUUUAGGGAAAAAUACAGACCAGAACUCUUCUCCUAAUCCUCAACAAAAAUUUUAUAGGCAUCCCAUAUUGUAUCCACCUCCCAAUUGUCUGUAAUUUUCUGUCCAAUUGUUAGUGUACACAGGCAGUGUACACGUUGAGGUACAAAUUGGGGUACAUCAGACUCCUCUCUAUUCUCAAUUAUCAGGCUUGUGUUCCUAUUUAUAUAAGGAUAAAGCUUUAUAAUAAGGAUGUUUCCUUUUGGGUUGUGUUCAAUUAUCAGGCUUAUUGGGUUGAUCUAAUUAAAUCUUAUAUGAUAAAUGUAUGAUCUCUAUGUAUGUUAUAAUUACGGACAUUUGGUAUGAUUGUCUGAUUUGGG